UCAGGACGCGCGCAUCAGCUGGCCAAACACGAGUCACUCCAUAAGCGCGCGGGCAGCGUGCAGGUGUAUCGCGUUGUGUCGGCGGUUUCAAACACUGACGUGAGAUAGGCAAGCGCAAGACUAAAGGAGAGGUUGGAUCAAGCAUGUAACCUGCACAACGAUUUACUGAGAGCGAAGCUGUCUUUGUCCAUCUAGUUUAGUAGGCACUUGGAGAAUGCGUUAAGAUCGCAACAACAUCACGGAUUUGUGAACCUGCAACAGAAUACAUUCUACAGUCAACUCAACAGGAUCGAUAGUUUUCCCGAAACAGAUAUGAACACCAACGAUGCAAAGGAAUAUCUCUCCAGAAGAGAGAUACCUCAGCUUUUUGAGAGUCUGCUGACUGGUCUGAUGUACUACCGUCCGGAUGACCCUUUAGACUAUCUAGAGACCUGCCUUAAGAAGGUGAAGGAGCUCGGUGGGACUGACAAAGUUCGGUGGGACACAUUCGUCGGACAGGAGAAGAAGUCAUUACCGCCUCUCAAUGGUGGGCAGUCACGCCGAUCUUUUUUCCGAAAUGUUCUCCCGGACAGCCCCAACUUCCCUUAUCGGAGGUACGAGCGACUCCCACCCAUCAAUCAGUUUUCCAUAGAGAGUGACUCAGACUUGUCUGAGACAGCGGAGCUCAUAGAGGAAUAUGAAGUCUUUGACCCAUCUAGACCCAGACCCAAAGUCAUCCUCAUUAUAGGUGGCCCGGGCAGCGGUAAAGGUACACAGUGUCUGAAGAUUGCAGAGCGCUAUGGCUUUGAAUAUGUCUCAGUGGGUGAGCUACUCAGGAAGAAGAUGAUCCAUAACGCCACCAGCAACAGGAAAUGGAGUCUGAUUGCCAGGAUCAUCACCAAUGGGGAACUAGCACCACAGGAAACUACCAUAACUGAGAUCAAGCAGAAGAUCAUGAAGAUUCCAGAGGCCAGCGGCAUAGUUAUAGAUGGCUUCCCUCGAGAUGUGGGACAAGCGCUUUCUUUUGAGGACCAGAUCUGUACUCCAGACCUGGUGGUGUUUCUGGCCUGCUCCAACCAGCGUCUGAAGGAGCGUCUGGAGAAGCGUGCGGAGCAGCAGGGUCGCCCAGAUGACAACCCUAAAGCUAUCGAUCGACGCUUGACUAAUUUCAAACAGAAUGCCAUCCCCCUGGUCAAAUACUUCCAAGAAAAAGGCCUCAUCGUCACACUUGAUGCAGAUCGAGAUGAAGAGGAAGUCUUCUGUGACAUCAGCAUGACAGUCGACAACAAACUGUACCCCACCAAAGAACCUGUGGCAGGACCCAGUGAGCUCGACCUUAGUCUGUUAGCAGACAGCAGCAGUCUGGCAGAUGUGCCCACCAAAUUUGACGAACAGACCGAUGAAGAGGUGGCUGGAUAUGCAGAGGCGAUUGGAGAAAGUUUUCCCGUGGAGACCAAGAAACAAAAGGUCAUCUUUGUGAUUGGUGGGCCGGGAUCGGGGAAAGCUCUUCAGUCAGAGAAAAUAGAGGAGCGGUACAGUUUGAAGCGCCUGUGUCCCGGGGACAUCCUGUGCAGUGAGCUGCAGUCUCAUAGCGAGAGAGGACGGUUUCUCCGAGACCUUCUGGAAAGAGGAGAGCAGCUUCCCGAGGACACACUGCUGGAUCUGUUGUGCGAGGCCAUGGCUUCUACUGUGCGUCAGGGGAAGGGCUUCCUGGUCACUGGCUUCCCAAAGAAUGUGAAGCAGGCGCAAGAGUAUGAAACCAAGAUGGGGCAGCCCGACAUUGUUCUGUUUCUGGAAUGUUCUGCAGACAUCAUGAGCCAACGGCUGCAGCAGAGGGCCAUCUGCAGCCUGCACACUAAAGAAGCCCGAGAUAGAGACACUCGUCGUAGAGUGGACGGAUUCUGCAGCCUAGUCAGUUCCGUGGUCGGCCACUACGAACACAGAGAAGUUCUGCAUAAGAUUGAUGCCGAGCAGCCCCCGGAAGACGUCUUUGAGCAGAUCUGCCUCGUCUUGGACUCCUGCUAGAGAGCUUGGACUCACACUGCCCCCUGGAGGAAAAAAACAUCACCUACAGCUUCACUGCUGACUAACUCACAUUUACGCACUACAGUUCGUCGCACACACGCACGUCUGUGAUUACAGCUUCUGUAUGGCACGUCUACUUGGAAAACUACCAGCCAGCAACUGGCGCCUGUUCAUUUUCACACAAUCGUUGUUCACUGUAAAUACCAGACCAAUAAAUCAACAGUGUUUAUCUCUUGGUAUCUAACCUGUAUGCUUAUGCUUAAGCUAGCUUUCAGCUCCAUAAAACAUGGAAAGAUGGUUAUUUACUACUGUCUGUUGCCGUUUUGGUGUUUUUGGACUCGAUCAGUAUCCUUGAGCACUUAAAUCAGCAAAACUGAGAAGCAUGAAGAAUUGGCCGCUGGAGAGCAUUUUUAUAUUUUAAAUUAAUGCAUUAUAUCGUGCUAAGCGUGCCAGAAUAGUGAUUUACUGUAGUUGAAGCAGAAAUGAAUGAGCUGGAAAGGAAGAUGAUUUGAAUUUCAGUCUGGCUUUUACAAGUGCAAUGAAUCAAUGAAUUUCACAUUGAGGUCUGAUAACUGUAUUCCUAUUUAUCAACCAGAGUGAAAUAAAGACAUUUCAUAUGUUUAA